AUGACAGAUGAAGAUAGAUUGUUACCAAUAGCCAAUGUAGGGAGACUUAUGAAGCAAAUCCUACCAUCAAAUGCAAAGAUCUCAAAAGAGGCAAAACAAACAGUUCAAGAGUGUGCAACAGAGUUCAUAAGCUUUGUUACCUGCGAAGCCUCGGAUAAGUGCCACAGGGAGAAUCGAAAGACAGUGAAUGGAGACGACAUCUGGUGGGCUCUAAGUACUCUCGGCCUCGAUAACUAUGCUGACGCCGUGGGGAGGCAUCUUCACAAGUACCGUGAAGCCGAGCGAGAAAGAGCUGAACACAACAAAAGUAGCAAUGACAGUGGAAUCGAGAAAGAACCAAACAAUUACAGAAGUGAUCCACAGAACCAACCGACGAAGUUUCUUAGGGUUUUGGAAAAAGGAAGCAGCUCCUCGGCUCGUUGA